AAAGGUCGUCGCAGCAUCAUGCUGGUUCUAUCCUUUGUCAAAGAAACACCGUUCUUUUUUCUCAUUUAGAUAGAGCUUUCAACAAAGCAGCGCCCGCAAGAAAAGAAUGGAGAGAAAUAAUUACGAAUAAGUGCUCAUCGUUCCUGUGCAUUUAUGAUUUUCCUGACGUGUUGUGCGGACGUACAAGUGCGAAGUGAAUUUGUUUGUUUUCGGCCGUAGCCCCAUCCCCAAUGAUGUGGUAGGAGAGGGUGAUUACAGGUGGUUCUCCUUUGCUUUCGGCACACCCUCGCCACCCGCACAAAAUCACAGACUGCAAUAUGCACCCCCUUCCUGUUUUCCUACUUGUCACCGCACUCGCAGUGUCCAGCGCGAGCGGUCAGCAAAAUAAACCUCCGCGAUUUUUGCCUGGAGGCGACAUGCUUCGAAUUUCUGUACCUGAAGAUGCCACGGUAGGCACGUCUAUUUACACCUUAAAAGGCGAGGAUCCUGACGGAGGUGAGGUCCACUAUAGCAUAAGCGGCCAGACUUUUGAAGUGAACCGUAAUACCGGCGUCGUGACUCUGGUACGGCCGCUUGACCGAGAGAAGCAGGAUCUCAUCGAAGUGAUCAUCAGCAUCACAGAUACUGCCCCACGCGGUAAUGAGCCAAACACGGUGUCUUUGCGAAGAGAGAUCACUGUGAUUGACAGAAACGACAACGCACCUCAAUUUGAAAACAAACCUUAUUCUCUGAGCAUACCUGAAAAUACACGGACUGGAAACGUGGUUUACGAAAAAAUCAUCAUUAUGGACGCCGACAGUGGAGGAAACGGUGAGGUCACCGUUACGUGUGACCCCAUCAAGUCAACGCCGAGAGGCGCAUGCAACACUUUUGGCAUCAAAGUGGUCGAAACGACGAGAUAUCCGGGAACUAACCAAGCCCGCACCUACACGUGCCAAUUGGUGCUAAAUGAGCCGCUAGAUUUUGAGCGCCGCUCGUCCUACAGUUUGUUCCUGACCGCCACUGACAACCCUUUUGACCAAAGAAGCAAACUCAGGGCGACGGCAACGGUGACCGUCCAAGUAGAGGACGUUCAGGACCAGCCGCCCGUCUUCCUCAACGCCCCAUACUCCUCUUCGAUUGCCGAAGGCACUGCACAGGGUGUUUCAAUUUUGCAAAUUCGUGCCAAAGACGGUGACGCUGGACACCCGCGAAAAAUUGUGUUGAAAAUCGAGGGCGACUACGGAAACCAUUUUGAGUUGGUGACUGAAGAGACGCAUGGAGGAACGGACACGGUGGCCACUUUAGUCACCACAGAUUCACCAUUGGACCGGGAAAAUCCGGCCGUUUUGGAAAAUGGUGGAAUCUACACUUUUAAUGUUACCGCGAGCGAAGUGGGCAACUUUGAUUUAAUUGGUGAUUCCACAAGUACGCAAGUGAUGAUUGUUGUGACAGACGUUGAUGACCAUUUACCAAAAUUCAAUAAAGACAUCUCGGUCAUUCAAGUCUCUGAGGACAUAAGAAAAGGCUCACCUUUGCCUGGACUUAACCUAGUAGUGAGUGACGAUGAUUUUGGCGAUAAUGCAUUUUACAAAAUCUUCAUUCGCUCAACAACGAGCAGUGAUUUAGACAACGUCCUUUCCUUGCACCCUUCGUCUGGUGCAGGGCGCACCCCCAUCAACAUCAGGGUUGAGGACCCUUUGGCCUUUGACUACGACGAGCCAAUCAACGAAGAUCACACUUUGGAAUUUGAGGUUCUGGCCAUCGUGACCAAAGAUGGUCAAGAAAUGGUCGCCGCCAAGUCUCAGAUCAAAAUCGAGUUGUUCGACGCUAACGACAAUGCGCCUGCAUUUUACAAACCUUCCUACAAACUAACCAUUCCUGAAAAUCUGAAACCGGGCUUCCUCCUUGAGGAUAUCAAAGCCACUGAUCCGGACAGCGGCGACUUUGGAAAAAUCCACUACUCACUGCAAGGUUUUGGUGCUGAUCGCUUUAGCACGGACUUCAUCAAGGGUGGAAUUUAUCUGGCGAAAAAUUGCCCUCUCAACGGAUGUGUUGAUUACGAAACGCAGAAAUCUUACUCUUUGACUCUGACUGCUAAGGACGGUGGUGGAAAAUUCAGCACCACCAGUAUUCAGAUCGAAAUCGAGGACAUCAACGACAACGCGCCAAAAUUCCAGCAAUCGGAGUACCGCCGCACCUUUUUGGAAGGGGAAACUAGAUUCAACCCACAAUUGUUUGUCAGGGCGGUUGAUAUUGAUGGCCCUUCGCAAGGAAACGGUGCUGUAACUUAUUCGAUUUCGGCGUCAAACGCCCCUGAAGGAACCUUCCUUGUUGACCCUGACACUGGUGAGCUGAAACUGCUCAAGCCUGCUGCAGCCGGCGACACCCUAUUUGGACAGUACGAGUUGAAAAUCAAGGCCAGUGACCACGGCCAACCAGAGUCGCUGCACUCUGAGGCUUCGGUCGUCAUCAGAGUCGGCGUGCCUGGAAACCAGCAGCCUGUUUUUAAGGGCGGCCCAGUUUUUGAAACCAAAGUGUUUGAAAACAUUGAGCCUGGAAAGUCUGUGAUAAACAUCAGCGCCCACGACCCUGACGGUCAAGAUUCUGAGCUGACCUACAAAAUCGUCGCCGGCGCGAGGGAUAAUUUCUUAAUUGACGAGUUCUCAGGGAUCAUCUCGGUGGCGCCAGGGGGAAUUGCUGAACGAGAGGAUUUCAAAAUUUUGGUCGCUGCUAUUGACGACGGCAAACCUUACAGGGCGACAGCCACUGCUACUAUUAUGGUGCACGUCGUUGACAUAAAUAAUGAGCCUCCGAAAUUUGACGAGGAUUAUUACGAGAAGCACAUUUCGGAGAGAUUGGAUGUUGGCGAAAAGGUGCUCCAGGUGACGGCGACCGACCCAGAUUUGGACGCGAAAUUGAACUACUCCCUUCUUGAUCCCGAGUUCAUCAAGGACAAAACGGGCGUAGAAAUUCAGUCAAAUUCAAAUAAAUUCUUUAAAAUUAACUCGACGACCGGUGAUAUUUUUUUGGCACGAAAACUGGAUCAUGAAAUUGCUGCAGUUGUCACUUUUAACGUGCUGGUUGUAGACGAAAAUGCGGAAGAAAAUAUAGAAUUGCAAAACGCGACAUGCGAAGUUACGUUCUUUGUGGAGGCGUACAACAACAAAAACCCGGUGUUUAACGAGCCUUGGAGCCCAAGCAACCCUGUUUUUAAAAUAAAACUCGGCGAUCAGAGGAGUUUGGGUACCCAAAUCCUUUCACUCUCGGCCACAGAUCCUUUGAGGGGCGGUUUUCCUAUUUCAAAAAUUCAACUUUUGACAAAUGAAGAUGAUAUCGUUUCUCUUACUCCUGACAACCGUCUGCUUUUGAACAGAGACCUGCCGUACGACUUAAAUAAUAAGACUUUCAAAGCAACUGUGCGGUCAGAGGCUGAUGGAGACAGUGACCGAUUCAGCGACGCCACUGUUAUAAUUGAACUGGACGACAUUAACCACUACACUCCUAGUUUUACUCAAAGAACGUACAAAAGCAGGAUUGCUGAAAAUGCAAAACACCCCGCGUCGGUGCUAACAGUCAACGCGACCGACAAUGACGACCCAAGCAGUCCCUCCGGCCACGGACAGGUGCGCUAUUCCUUGACCGGAUCAGGCUCUCAGCUCUUCACAAUUGAUCCAAUCACGGGCAUUGUAAGCAUCGCGAAAGGCGCUGCUCUGGACAGGGAAACGCAACCAAUCCUCAGCUUUUACGCGGUGGCCGUGGACACGCCGAACGGAGGCCCCGAACAAAGAAAAUCGACGGCGCAUAUUGAAAUUGAAGUUUUGGACGUGAACGACAACCCUCCCAAAUUUGAAAAAUCUUCAUACACGGCUGUGAUUCCUGAAAACGUCAACAUUACGUGGAGCGUGAUUAAAGUGCAUGCCAGAGAUGCUGACGAAUCUCUGAGUGGGCAGGUGGAAUAUGAGUUUGCCGAUCUUGGGGAUGCUCAAGGCCUUCUUUCUAUAAACACAACAACUGGAGAAAUAAGAACAAAAUCCUUACUUACCGGAAAAGGUCGACAGGACCCUUACACCAUCCAGGUGCGCGCUAUUGACCUGGGCCAACCCUCCCUGCACGGCGACGCGCCCUUGUAUCUUUAUAUAAGUGAUGUUGGACAAAAUGACGGAAUUCCGAUAUUUUUAAGACCAAUGCCAAACGAAACAGCAUUUGCCGCAGAAAACUCAACAAUUGGAUCACCAGUUUUCCAAGUUGUAGCAACCGAUCCUGAUGACCCUAACACAGCGAACGGAAUGAUUAGUUACAAACUUCUGGACAAUGAGAAAUUUUCAAAAGACACCCUGGCUUUUAGAAUUGAUCGUGAAACUGGACUAAUUACAACGAGACAGCCUUUAGACCGUGAGAGGCAGUCGGAAUACACCUUAAUCGUGGAAGUGCAGGACGACGGCUCGCCACCGAAAAAAGCGUCAAGUAUUUUGCGAAUCGAGGUUACUGACGUCGACGACCACAAACCUGUCUUCCAGCGCUCAAUCGAUGCCGACGAAAUUGAGUUCCGCAUCAGAGAAGACGCCGCGCCCGGAGUUGAAAUUGGAACGGUAGCUGCGGUUGACAACGACUUGAAUGAAAAUGCCGACAUUGACUAUUCAAUCAUUUUCGGUAAUGACGAGAGAAUUUUCAACAUUACGAGGACAAAAGACAAUAAAGGUUUGAUCACCUUGAAUAAGCGCGUGGAUAGGGAAACUAAAGAGGACCAUUUGAUCACCAUCAAGUGCUUCCCUGCUAGAACCAGACCACCUGCAGUUAGGAAGGAAUUUAACCCACAGGACAUGUCGGAAAUUCAAGUCAAAAUUUCAGUUGAAGACGUUGAUGAUAACGUGCCAGUAUUUAAAAAGGCAAAUCUAACUGUUGGAGUAAGAAUUUACGUGCCAGUCGACACUCCAUUGGCGACCAUUGAAGCAACUGACGACGACGCCAAUGCUCCUGAAAUGCACUACAAACUGCUCAAGGCUGAAUUCGACCGUCCAGGUUUGGCAGAAAUGAGCGUCAGCGAGGACACUCCAAUUUUCCGUCUCAAUGAAAGGACCGGCGAGCUGCACACCGCGACCUCAAUGGUGCCUUUCGCAGAUGGAAUUUUCACUCUGUACAUAACUGCCUUCAACAGUGAGGAAAAGGAGGGCAGCGCCAACACCACAAUCAGGGUAUUCGUUUGGAGGGACACAGAACUUUUGAAGUUCGUUUUUGCAAAGCCAUUGGCCGAGGUCAGGAGGUCACUACCUCAGUUCGCCUCAGAUUUGGAACACUCGCUGCCAGACGCAGCCAAACUUAACAUUUAUGAUACGCAGUACUUAAUUAAGAAGGGCGGCAGCAUUGAUUUUAGCACAACAACAUCCUGUUUCCAAUUAUUGGGAGAAAAUUCUUUCAAUCUGACGUCAAUGCAAAAAAUGCUCACUUUUGAAAGCAAUCCCAUGUUGUCGAAAGUGUUCGAUCGAUAUGGUGUACAAUCCGUGGAGCGGUGCUCUCCAGUCGCUCAGAAAGUAAAAGCCACAACCGUGCAAAUCUGGGUUUUGGCGAUAGCAGCGCUCGUCGGCUUCUUUGGUUUCGUGUCAAUGAUUUUCAUCUGCGCCUCACACAGCAGGUACACGAGAAAAAUUAGAUCAACUUUGCGACGAGAUGACUACAGUAGCAACGAAGGCUACGCGUAUGUUAUUUCGCACGCAGGGUCGGUGUUGCGAAAUCCGGCGCCGUCGAUCAUUUCGCAGAGUUUCCACGGCUCCGAGUGGCCGGCGGAGUUCAUAGGCACUCCAGCUAGUUUGCUACCCCCAGGGGUUGUCACGUGAUAACCCGAUCGAUGCCAAAUUUGUAACUAUAUGUCCGAGCUUACUACUGUAAUUAGGGUUAUACUGUGUAACAAAGUGUAUUGUAUAAAAUUGUAUUUCAAGUUGUUGACUUUUGCUGCUGGAAAUAAUAAUUUGCCAAUUAAAUUGCCAUCGAACAAUG